AUCCAUAUCAUACUGUCGUAUUUUGAUGAUUUAGAGGCGAUUUGUAAACAACAAACGAUGGUUUUACUCCAUCAGUUAUCCGUCCGUUAUAUAUUAUCAUCCGUCAUAAAACCUGGUGCUUGUGCUCACUGCUGUUUUAACUUAUUUCAAUGUUGAUUGUGUUUUAAAAAUGUAUGCAAUAAAAAGUGAAACCGAAGAGGUACUAUGCCACGGAUGCCUCAGUGCAAACCGGAGGCUAUCGCCCUUGACGAAUUACGAAAUGUACUUCUGUGUCUUAGGAAAUAAACAAACGGUAGAGGAAUACAAAUAUCUGAAUAUUCUUCUAUGCUGGGAGUGCCAGGCGCUGCUGCGUCGAACCCAGGAAUUCCGGAACACUCUGCAACGCGCACAGUACUUGCUGUCAGUGUCUCAUACUGAGCAGGUUUUACCAAAAUCUUUAUCCGCACUAACACACAAACACAAGCCGGAUUAUGACUGCAUCAUAGAAGAAUACAUAUCCAUAGAAUCCAAAAACGAAGUAGAAAUAUUCAUAGACAACUCAGAUACACUUAUAAAAGAAGAAAUAGAAGAUAAUUUGGAGACUGAUAAUUUUGACACUUACAGUGAUAAUAUCAAAGUAGAAGAUGAGUUGAAAAUUGUUAAAAAGACAAAGAAAUAUAAGAAAGAUACCGAAAAGAGGGAACUUAAAAAAAUAGAUAACGGGUUGGACUUAAGAAAUCCUGAGAAGUAUUUUAGUGAGAUAUGUCUGAGUGAGAAGGAGAUAGAAGAGAUAUUGGAGAGAGAAAGAGAGGAAGAUGUCAGUCGGCCGCACAAGUGUGGGACCUGCGGGUUUUGGUUUCUGAGCAAAACUGAUGUGUAUGAGCAUAAGAAGACUAUGCAUAGACAGCGAACGAAACUAGGAAAAUGCCCUCAAUGCGCCUGCUCCUACAAGUCCCUGUGGGACUUAGAGCUGCACAACUGGCGAUCUCACUCAGUCAACCGGUGCUCGUUGUGCGGCCGUGUGGUGCCGAACCGCGACAAGGCGAAGCAUUUGGCUAUGCAUAAGUUUAGAUAUCGGUGCUUGAAAUGUGGAGCUGAUUUUGAUAACAAGCAAUGGUACGAGAAUCACGAGAGGCAAUUGCACUCCAAGUACAUCUGCGCGCAUUGCGACCGCACCGUUAACACUAAGAAGGUUUUGGAGAAACAUAUUAUCCGCCGCCACCUCCCCGCCUCGUGCCCGCGCUGCGGGGAGCGCUUCCCGACGUGGGAGCGGCUGCGGCGCCACGCGCGCGACGCGCACGAGCGCAGCGGGCCCGCCUACUGCGUCGAGUGUGACCGCACCUUUAUCAACACGGCCAAGUACAGGCGCCAUCUCAGCCAGUCGCAGAGACAUCGGCCGCAGAAGAAAGUCAGACAAAGUAAAGUAGACCACGCCUACUGCGUGGAGUGUGACCGCACCUUUAUCAACACGGACAAGUACAGGCGCCAUCUCAGCCAGUCGCAGAGACAUCGGCCGCAGAAGAAAGUCAGCGUCCCAUGCCCCGAGUGCGGCAAGGUGUUUUCCCGAAAAAACUACAUGAACAACCAUAUGAAGCUGUUCCAUUCCAACCAGUCCCGCCACCACUGCCAGCUCUGCGACAAGUACUUUGUGAACGGCUGGGGGCUCCGCUCGCACCACAAAUUUGUUCACGAGAAGAUAACUUUGCCAAAGACGAAAAUGUGCAGCGUUUGCGGGCGCGGGUUCGGAACGAACCGCGUGCUAGAGAACCACAUGCGCACGCACACGGGCGAGCGUCCGUUCUCGUGCGCGCACUGCCCGGCCGCGUUCGCGCAACGCGUCGCGCUCAAGGCGCACCUCGCCGCCAUACACAAACAAAAGUAACGGACUAUUAUAUAAAUAAUUUAUUUCGAGUAACUUUUACACUCAUAUAAACUGAUUUAUAAUUAAAUUUCAAUAAUCUAACCUCACUUUUUCUCUUUUCCGUAUGUUUUAAGAAACUAACGAAGUUAAAAGGAUACAUCUUUAUUUAUAAAAGGACUGUCUCAUUUCAAAUUAUAGAGAGAGAGAAUCAUACUAUCUUUGUCUUACACUAGUACUAGCACCCAAAAGAAAACGAUGAAUAUAGUUUUUUUUGUUCCUAUUUACUGAAAGAGUAUGCAAAAGGGAAAUUUGAGUUUACUUCUUUACAUAUUUUCCAUUAUUACGAAAGAAAAAGGAUCUGAGCGAGGUUCGUUUUUUGGAAUUUAAUUAUAAAUCAGAGUAUAGUUUUUCAAAGGACUAUCUCAUUUCAAACAUAGAGAGAAUCAUACUAUCUUUGUUUUACACUAGUACUAGCACCCAAAAGAAAAGGAUGAGUAUAGUUUUUUUGUUCUUAUUUACUCACAAGAUUUGCUUAACCAACUAUAGUUUGUAUUUUUUUUGUUAUUCUAUAAGGCUCCUCCACAUUUGCACGUGACGUGAAUCAUGACGCGAAACCUUUCAUACAUACUUAAUGGUUUUUAGUACCUACAUAUUUUUGGUGGGUGGGAAUAAUUUAAAUUUAUAAAUGAAUUCAAAUAAAUAAUCUACAUAUAAAUCGCGCGGUUGUUGCAUGCGAUAACCGCAUGCGUCAACAUAAUUAAAAAUAUGACAUACGCUUACCGCGUAAAACAAUGUAGUGUCACUAGUAUGGACGGUAUAGAUAGAAAGACAAUUUAUGGUAGAAAUGUUGUAAAAGUGACCAGCUUUCAGCUGUAAAUAAUAGUUCCUAAUCUCUCCGGUGGCGCUAGGUAGGCUCUGGGACAUGACAUGAACCAUAGAGAUAUAAUAAUGUAGAUGAAAUG